AUGGAGAGCUCCAUGGAAAACGAAGCAACGCUGCCAUUACUUGAGGUCCAAGCAGCGGCGCCGAGUAGCAGCCCAGGUGUGGAAAAGCAGCACUCUGACACAAGCACCAUCCGCCACCGAGGACGGUGUUACGCAGUCCCGGAGACGUCCCUCUCUCUGCGGUCCUCCACGCAGUCUGUCGACUUUCUGCAGGCAAAUCCGACGACAAGCCCAUCGCCUACGGAAGCCGAGACCAUGUGCGAUCUUGUGCGCUACCACGCUGAGCUGACGCUGGGGCUGCAGCAGAGCAUACUUUGGUGUAUCUCUCAACUCGACUCCGGCCUUGUGACCUCUUCCCAGGAGGAUGGCGGGGUCUGCGGUGUUUUGACUCAUCCACGCGCUCUGCAGCUACAAUGGAUGUUUCUCGACGCCGUCGUGCAAUCCGUCACGCGCCUCCAACAGCGGUGGCGCGAGGGUACGGCCUCUACCGGAUCUGUUGAGGCAGUUGGUGAGGCGUCUGUGGUGCUGGAUCGGCUUGCACAGGCGGCAAAGGAGCUCCGGCACCCCUCACACUCCCCACAGCUGCAGGUGUUUGAGCUUUCUGAACGCGGGACAGCACGCCGGAGUCCGCCACCGUUCGCCUCGUGGCGGUCUGACUCAUCUGCGAGGCGUGCUAUUGGUGGCACAAGCCCACUGCUGUACAACACCCCUCCUCGCGCGGCGACAAGCGCGCCAAAUACAAUCAACGAGUGCCUGGGUGUUGCCGGGGCCGAGUACUCUGCAAAGCUCAUCGUUCAGCAGCUUUGGUGCGCCCAGCAGCUGCUGUCUCAGCGUUUUCCAGGGUACGCUGCCACAUGGGAGGUUCUCGAGGGGGCUCGUUUUUUUGUAGAGUCGGCCCGUAGCCCCACGCCAACGCUGCCCCGCAGCGACAGCUCCCAGCAGGUUGCUACACGGGUAGCGGCGCCAUCGCCGGUACCUGUUGUCGAUCUCAAGUGCAAGCAGUCCAGCUUGCAUGGUGGGUACACGCCACCUCCGUGCGUUGGCGAAACGCAGCGAAAGUGUGAGCGACCAUAUGACCUACAGCAAGCGCUGGCACUCCCUUCCAGAGGUCUGACGUUCAUUGAGGAACAGGCAGCGGACGUGGUCGAUGAUGCUUCCACUGCCAUGACAGGCGCCACGGCUUCCAAGAAUUGCCUCCCCACUGAAUCGCCUGGUGCCCCGGCGACACCUCCGGCGCCAUCUUUACUACUACCAGUCGCCCGGUGCGCUCUUUGGGACAAUUUCUUAGCAGCGAACAGCCUCUCACCAACGGCGCUGCUGCUGGCGAUUCAGGAUCUGGCAGCCGGCACAAUCUCAGCGCAGCCAGAAGACAUUGUUCAGCAUGCACAGUGGGGGCAUCUCCACUUGCCACAGAGCCUUUCUCUGUGA